AUGCCAAUUUUCAAGACUUCUGCGCUCCUCCCCCUUCUAUGCGCCGCCUCGUCACUUUUCGGUGUUUCUUCCGCGAACCCAAUCGUGGGCCGCCGCCCCGGCACUGAACCUGCCUCGUACACACUCGGAACGGUCCACCAGUUCCCCAAUUUCACAUGGCUUGAGAAUCUUGCAAUCCGUGCUACCGGUGAGAUUGUGGCGACUGAUAUUUCCAACGCCGUCAUCUACCUCAUCGACCCAAAGGAGAAUCCUGCUCCUGCCUCAGUCAUCGCUCAAUUUCCUCCUGGCACCAGCCUAACCGGCAUCGCGGAGCUCAGUCCCGAUCUUUUCUACGUCCAGUCCGUCGAUGGCUUUGUGUACAAUUUCACCUUCACGCCAGGCACCGCGAAGCUAUGGGAGGUCGAUCUACGCGAUCAAGCCCGUGGCGCGGUUGUGACCAAGGUUCUGGAUAUGCCCGAGAACAAGGUCCCGAAUGGCCUGGGGGUGCUGCCGACCGGGAGAAAGGGGAAGGGCGAAUCGAACCUACUCCUCAGCGCAGAUUCGGCCGGCGGAGUGGUCUACCUCAUCGACGUGGUCCAUAAAAGUUAUCAUGUCGUUUUCGACGACCCGCUACUGAAGCCAAACGCCACGGCACGCCCGGCUUUCGGGGUCAACGGCGUCCACGUCGUUCCGGGUGAUGCCAAAGCCGACACCUCGACGUUGUACUUCACGAACACAAACUUUGGCUACCUCGGUGCCGUGACCAUUGGCAAGAAUGAUGGGACGCCCCGAGGCAAGCCGUGGCUGAUAACCGACAAGGUCCCGGCGGCAGAUGAUUUUGCGAUCGACUCGGACGGAUCGUUCUGGGUGACGCAGAACGUCCGUCAGACCUUGUCGCUUGUGUCGUCGGAUGGGACCGUGACGUUCGUGGCCGGAGGCGUGAACUCCACGGACCUCCUGGGACCGGUGGCCGCGGCCUUUGGACGGACCUCCGAGGACCGUGCGAACGGCGUAUUGUACAUAUCAACGGAUGGCGUGCUGGUAGAUCCAGCCACGGGCAGAGUGUUGAGGACUGCUGGCAAGAUCGCCAAGCUUGCCACGAAACGCGGUGGUGGACAGGGAUGGGGCGAUUGGUAA